GAGAGCACAGCAGACAUUACUGCACCAGGCUCGCUCACUCACUCAGCUCAGGACGGUGCCACUGUGCUGCCGGUGACUCCGCGUGGUCUUUACCGAGCUUCUCUGCCAGACUUGGCACACUUUGGACUUGUUCGACUCGAGAGAAAGGUCAAAAGUAGAGCAGGGACAGACACUGGAGUUUCUCCGCACAGGACUGAGAUUCACCUGCCUGCAGGCGACAGGAAUACUCCAACACAACACUCCAAGAGCGCAUUUGGCAUUGUUGCGCAUUUGGAAUAACUUGGAUGAGGCGCACAGCUGAUGGUUCCUCGAUGUGAAAGAGAGACACGCGGGGAAAAAACACAUUGUCUUCACUUGUGUUGUGCAUAUGAAAGCGCAGCAGACGUGUUCUUGGUAACGCAGCGUUUUGUUUUGUUUGACUUCUACAAGUGUGUGUGUGUGUGUGUGUGUGUGAGUGAGAGAAGAAGUUGCCUUAAAGUGUCUCUUUGAAGAGGAGGAGAAAGAAGAAGCGAGAGAAACUCAGGAGAAAGUUGGACAUGGAUGUUGUUUGUGAAAUCUGUGUGUCGCAGCAGCCUGCAGCCGGGAUGCACUGUGCGUCUGAGCCGCAACGUCACACACCAUGAUCCGGGGACAGAUGUGCACCUGACCGCGAAUGUAACAACACCUGAAGUCGAGUCCACACGUUUCUACCAUGUUCUCUCCACUGAGCAGGAAGCUGACUCUGUGCCAGGUCCUGACCUUUGUCCUGUUGCUGGCCGCUCCUGUCUGCCUGUCCUCCUCACAGAGCUCAUCUUGGGUCUCUGCGUGGGAUCGUUCCAGUGAGGCCUCGCUCGGGCGUCCAGCACGUGCUCGAAGGCAGCUGCACUUCAGGAACGAGUGGGCAGGGUGGAACGGCUGGUCCGUCUGCUCCCGCAGUUGUGGGGGCGGAGCCUCAGUGCGGACGCGUACCUGCCUCACCAGGAACCCAGUGGGUGGACCAUGCUCAGGAGAUCCCAGGCAAUACAAGAUCUGCAACACCAAGGAGUGUCCUGCCGGCUCUGGGGAUUUCAGAGAGAUGCAGUGUGCUGCCUUCAAUGACAGACCAUUAGUGGCUGGGAACUCCUUCAGAUGGACCACCUUUCAUGGAGGCUCUAACCCCUGUGAACUGAGCUGCCUGGCCUUGGGCCACAACUUCUACUACAACUUUGGACGUGUGCUUGAUGGCACAGCCUGCGACAAUGAACUGGGAGGGAUGUGUGUCAACGGACGCUGCCUGAAGCCAGGCUGUGACUCUAUCUUGGGUUCCAAGCAGCAGGAGGACGCCUGCAUGGUGUGUGGGGGACAAAACACCACCUGUCUGCACCACAAGAGCGUGUACCAGAACAAUGGUCUAGAGACCGGGGGACCUUUUGGAUACAAUGAAGUAACCAUGAUACCAGCUGGAGCCACUCACAUCAGAGUCACCGAUAACAGCAGGAAUUAUCUGGCACUCCAGAAUGGUCGCUCCCAGUUUGUGAUCAAUGGUAACUGGAAGAUAAGCGUUCCAGGCGAGUACAGUGUAGCUGGUACCAAGCUGCUCUACCGGCGUUCAGCAGACACAUGGGAGAGCUUUGAGGUGCCAGGACCCACCCAGGAAGACCUCCACCUAAUGGUACUGGCAACAGACAAAAACCCAGGCAUCGAGUAUGAGUACUGGCUGCCACCAGACCAGUACGCCCUCUACCAUGGGAGGAAGAGGAGUCCACUGCGUGGGACUCACCACACUGCCAGCUACAUACCCUGGAAUCACCCUACCUCUGCAACCACCACCACUACCACCACCACCACCACCACCACCGCCCGUCCUCCUCCAGUCACCAUCAAACCCUUCUGGUUUUUAAAGCCUGUGAAGCCGCCACAUCACUCAGGCCACCACACUCGCCGGCAACGCCCCCAUCAGCCCAUCCUGCCCCGUCUGGAGAGGGAGGAGAACCACAGAAACCUCCUGCCUCAGCCCUCACCUGGAGGACAUUGUGGAAAAUGUCACCGUGUUAAAGGUCGGCGGGAACGCCAGAAACAGUAUUGUAAGAAGGACUUUGUGUUUCGGGCCAAAGUCCUUGGGAAGCUGUACCGGGGCGAGGAGACGCGUUACGAUGUCCAGAUCAUCCACACGUACCGGAACCGCUUCCGUCUGGAGCACCGGGAGUUCUUGUGGGUCCCUAAUGUGUGUGACUGUCCUAAACUGGAGGAAGGGAGACAGUAUAUACUGAUGGUGCGUCGUCAUAUUAACUAUGAGCAGACGCUUAACCGCAUCCUGCUGGAGGAGGAGAGCUAUGUGGUUCCGUACAGACCCAAAGAGGACGAACUGCUGCGACCGCUUGAAAGACUGUGCAGCAACAGUGGGCCUAAGCAGCCAGCAGAACUGAGGGCCUGAGAACGUCAGAGCAAGAAGCUUAUACUGAAACUUUAUUCACUUGCAGUGUUUUUUCUCAAUUUUCUGGACCUUUAAUACAACAGACUCUGUGGAGCAAGAUGUUCGCUGCGAGAGCAAAGAUGAAAGAGAACGGCGAAGGAAAAAGAAGAGGGAGGGAGUGAUGAAACACUGCGGAUGCUAACUGCUGCAACAUUACAAAGAAGAGGAUGUCAGCGGAUUAAUCGACAGUCUGAUCCAUACUCACCACACCGAGAAAUCAAAAUGACUCCAUGUUUAUUUAAAAGCCUCACCACAUUUUUUUUUUUACCGUAUAGAGCACUUUAGGUGGACGGUUGUGUCCACCUUUAAACACAUACCAAAGAGAAGAAUGUUGACUGAAAUGGACUUUUUGUAAUUGCUGAUUUUCCACAGCUGUCAUUUAAUUGUUUAUAUGUUUUUGUUUUUUUUACUCUUGUAAUCCUUAAAGGAAAACCUCCCCGUAAACAAAGCAGCUACUUUCAGUAAAUGCCAUCAAAACACAUUUUUCAGCCCAGUCGAUCUUGUAUAAACGCGACUAUUUGUGUAAUCUAAAAUAUCAACAUUAAAUGUUGGGAUUCAUUGUCAGGUUGUUUGUCAAGAGCUGAAAACACAAAUACAAUUCAAAUGCAGUGUUUCUUUGUUGAGAAUAGUAUUUAAUUUAACUUUAAAAUUGGGAAUUAUCAGCUGUAGAUAUUUGGAGUUGCCAAACACAAAAGCUAUGAUCCCCAAAAAAAACUGUACAAUAACCAUGUGACAGGUUUUGAAGGUGGACUCUCCUUUUAGCUUUCACUUAAGAUAUUUAAUAACAUGGUUUCACAGUGUAUUUAUGUAUAAGAAUAAGCUGAAAUCAUAACACUUAACUUCACCUGUUUAAUGUAUUUCAUUGUGUUUGGUAUUAUUUUUUUAUAGUGUGUUUAAUCAGGUCUGCUUUGCAAUGCGUUACAUGAAAUAAACAGUAUUUUUAUUUUGUGGCACUGAUUAACAAAAUGCUCAUCUGUUAUAGGUAACUCGUGUGCCUCUUGUUGUGCAUUAGAACGAUCGUAUUUUCUCUCAAAUCUCAUCUAAAUGUGACCAAAAAAAAGUUGUUUUCGCAUUUGUCCAUGUAAUGUAUGGAUGAAAGUGACCAAUUAUUAUCAAAAUUAUUAUCAAAAUUCAACAAAAAACAUUGCAGUUUACUGAAUAGUCUCUCUCUGAGAAACUGAAGCGCGACAAAACAGUUUAUAUUCCUGAUGAGCCUCGCUUCCCGGAACAGAAGUGCUUUUGUUGUAACAAACACAAGAACCUCUGGCGGUAUUAUUGGUAUUUUUGCAUUUUCCUCACUGAAUAUAAAAGAUGAACACUGUUUUAAUGA